AUGAUGGAUUCUUCAAGAAAUCCGGAAGAAUACCCAAUCCUUUCAAAACGACCACAUUCCGAGAAUGAGAAUCUUGAAGAUCGAAUCAGCAAUCUGCCAGAUGCAUUGUUGUGUUACAUAUUGUCUCUAGUUCCUACCAUAUGCGCUGUUAGAACCACCAUUUUAUCGAAAAGAUGGAACACCCUCUGGACUUAUGUCGAUAACUAUGACUUCGAAAACCCUAAUGAGAAACAUCAACAUUUCAUCGAGUUUGGGGAAACAGUCUUGAGGAACAGCAAUGUAUCAUCGAUUCGAAAAUUUCGUCUUUCUUGUUCUUGGGGUGAUAAUGUUCAUGGAAUCUCUAAGCUUUAUGUGUGGAUUUGCACUGCAGUUGUGCGUAAUGUGAAGGAGUUUGAUCUCUCAAUCAGAACGAAAACGCCCAUCGAGCUUCCUAAAAUCCUGUUUACUUGUGAAACCCUUGUCUCUUUGAAGUUAUCUUCGACUAAUUUCAUCACAAUUCCCGAAAUUAUUAGGUUUUCGAGUCUCAAAAUCCUGCAAAUUCGUCACUGGAAAUGCAUGGUUGAUGAUCCGAUGAAGAACAUUCUGGACUGUAGCCCUGUUCUUGAAGAAUUAUACCUUCAAUUCGUCGUUUUUCAGAAUCUGCAGAAACUAAAUCUUCGUUGCUUCACGUUGAAACGAUUAACGAUUUCAACUCUAUAUCCAAAACCACUAAAAGAAAACUUGCUGCAUGAUGUUGUAAUCGAUACUCCUCGACUUGAAUACCUUAAUUUCGAAGACAGUCACUCUAAUGGCAUCGAACUGAAUCAACUCCCUGUUCUAACUUCUGCAAAUCUCCAUAUCUUUGGUCUUAAUCUUGGUGUUUUCGAGUUCCUUUCUAGGGUUUCGAAUGUGAAACAUCUAAUCUUGUUCCUUAAAGCUGGAAUGGAUGUUCUUCCUGUUCCUAAUCUUCUGCUCAUUAAUCUGACCAAUUUGGAAAUUCAAGUAACUGAUAACUGGGCGUUCGUCUGUUCUAUACUCAAAUGUUCACCAAAUUUACAAGUACUUACAUGCGAAAAGGCUGUUAGAUGUAGCAUAAAUCGGCACCAUGCAUCAAUCUGUGAUUGGCGUGCACCAGUUGAUGUGCCGAAGUGUUUGUUGUGUUUAACGAGGAUCGAGAUCAGGAUUAAUGGCUGUGAUAAUGAGAUGGAACUGGUGAAGUACUUGUUGAAUAAUGCAAUGGCGUUGAAGAUGAUGGUGAUUCGUCGUUCUGUUAACUUUGUGAAGAAAUGGGAGUCGAGGAUUCUCAAGGAGUUGCUAAGAUUUCGGAGAGGGUCGGUUAUGUGUGAAGUUGUGUUUGGAUCUUGA